CAUCUUCCUGGCCUGCUGGUCUCAGUCUCCACGUUCGCCUCACAGAAUCGAGGCUAUGACUUCCACAUUCACUGCGCUGCUCUGCCUUGGGCUGUAUCUGAGCCAGACCAUCAGCACCCAGACGCAGAUUCUUUCAAAACCUGUCAUCUGGGCCAAGCCCAAUUUCAUGAUUCCAAAGGGAAGGCCAGUGAGGAUCUUAUGCCAGGGGAUUCCUGAGGCUGCUGAGUACCAGCUGUAUUUCGAGGGACACCUGUCUGCCCAGCAGAGACCGAGACGACCUGGAAUAAGGAAGAUAGUCUCAUUCCCCAUCUCAGCCAUGACGCUGCUCACUGCAGGGCGAUACAGGUGCAUUUACCGAAGCGGGGAGCUCUGGUCAGAUCCUAGUGACCCUCUGGACCUGGUGGUAACAGAAAUGUAUGACACACCCACCCUCUCUGUUCACCCUGGACCUGAGGUGAGCUCAGGAGACAAUGUGACCUUCCACUGCCAUCUGGAGACUGCAACAAACAUGUUCCUUCUGCUCAAGGAGGGAAGAUCCAGCCACCCACAGCCCAGAUAUGGGAACACCCAGGUGGAGUUUCCCCUGGGUCCUGUGACUACAGCCCACAGAGGGACAUACAGAUGCUUUGGCUCUUAUAACAACUAUGCCUGGUCUUUCCCCAGUGAGCCUGUGAAGCUCCUGGUCACAGGAGACGCUGAGGACGCCAGCCUUGUGCCCACAGAACACACCUCUUUUUCUGACUCCUGGGAUCCUUACCUGCUAACCACAAACACAGCAGUCCAGCAAGACCUUGCCCUCUGGAAUCACACUGCCCAGAAUCUCCUUCGGAUGGGUCUGGCUUUCCUGGUUCUUCUGGCCCUUGGGUACCUCCUGGCUGAAGACUGGCUUUGCAGGAAGAGAAUGCAAGAGGAAGCCCACAGGGCUUCAAGUCAGGAACGCAGGAGAAGGUUCAGUACACAGUGACCGCUGAACAAAUGGCCAAGGGAUGGGCUGGCCACAGAUAGAGCUGAAAGCUGACCUUGCCCUUGGGCUGUGUGAGCUCUGUGUUGUGCCCGUGGAGGGAGGUUUACCGCAAGACACCUGUGUUGGGUUUGGGGAAGCUUCCUGGAGGAGGCAGGAGGCGGGAUGCAGACGUUAAAUUUUUCCUGCAGA